AACCGCCCAUUUGUGGAGCUGGCCUCCCCAGCCAUGGAGGUCUACCUCACGCCCGACAAGGGCUGGGGCGUGCGUGCCAUGGCCUUCAUCCCGCGGGGCACCUUCAUCGUGGAGUAUGCUGGGGAGGUCAUCGACGACAAGGAGUGCAGCCGGCGGGCGGAGGAUGCCAAGGCGCGCAACGAGCCGCACUUCUACAUGAUGGAGAUGGCGCCAGGCCUCAUCAUCGACGCGCGCAGCAAGGGCAACCUGGCGCGCCUGCUCAACAGCAGCUGCGACCCCAACUGCGAGACGCAGAAGUGGCACGACGCGGGGAACAGCGAGGUGCGCGUGGGCAUCUUCUCGCUGCGUGAUGUGCUGCCGGGCGAGGAGCUGACCUACGACUACCAGUUCCAGCACUUUGGCCUGGCCGCGGCGGCGGGCGCCUACCGCUGCAAGUGCGGCGCGCCCAACUGCCGCGGCACCAUGGACACGCAGCCGGAGCGCACGCGGGACUUUGGGCGCCGCGUGGAUGUGUGGUGGCCGGCCGAGCGGCGGUACUACCGCGGUACCGUCACCGCCUACAGCUCCGCGCAGCAGCGCCACACGGUCAAGUACGACGACGGCGAUGUGGGGCGUGUGUACCUGCGCGCAGAGAAGUACAGGUGGGUGGACGACCAUGGGCACGUGGUGGGCGACACGCACGAGCCCGAGGCGGGCGCGGUGGCGGCGGGGCGCGGCGGCGCCGCCGGCAAGACGCGCGGCGGCGGCGGCUC